CUUUAGCUGUCAUCUGUCCUCUCUAGUGCCUCUGUGUGCCGAUAGAAGAGAGGAGAGUAAAAAGAGAAUCUGCGUUAUUUCUUCUUUACCUAUCCUAAACUGACAACAUUUAGCUCUGUAUUUUCUGGUUUCCCAGUAUCUUUGGCUUCACAGCCAGGUAUCCCCAAUUCUGCCUGUUUCCUUUGAAAGACAGAAAUGGAUACACUGCUGAACACUGAAGAGCAGAUUUCUACUCUAUAACAUCUCUUGUCCUUGGAAUAUUUUUGAGGGAUCACUUCUUCAGCAUCUUCUAAACAAGAGCCCUGGUUAUCUUACAGAAAUGGAUACUUCACCUUCCAAACAAUAUCCAGUGAAAAAACGAGUGAAAAUUCAUCCCCACACUGUGACAGUGAAAUAUACUUCUCACUAUCCACAGCCUGGGGAAGAGGAAUAUGAAGAAAUUAACGAAGACAAUGAGACUUUUGUAGAAGAUAAUCCAAAGAGAAGAUUGCUGAGUGAUGGUCAACGGAAAGGAAGGUCUUUCUUUGGAACUAUUGACAUACCAUCGCCAACAGAACAAAAGCUGGAGACCCACAAGAGUGAACAAGGCCAAGUUUUUGUGGACGGAAGCAUUUUUCAGUCUCGAAAGACUUGGGCUAUUCUUUUAGGAUCUGCUUUGGCUCAUGGAUGUGUAGCUCUGAUAACCAGACUUGCUUCUGAUCGUUCCAAAGUGCCAUCUCUAGAACUGAUCUUCAUCCGUUCUGUUUUACAAGUGUUUUCUGUCUUAGUUGUGUGCUACUACCAUGAGGAUCCUUUUGGACCAAAAGGCCACCGACUACGACUAUUCUUCUAUGGAGUAUGCAAUGUUAUAUCUAUUACAUGUGCUUACACCUCCUUUGCAAUAGUACCACCAAGCAAUGGGACGACUAUGUGGAGAGCUACCACUACUGUCUUCAGUGCCAUUUUGGCAUUUUUACUAGUAGAUGAGCGAAUGGCUUAUAUUGAUGCAAUAACUGUAGCUGGUAGUAUUAUUGGUGUUUGUCUGGUCAUGAUCCCCAAUAUUAUUGAUGAAGAAAAUUCUCUCUUGAACACCUGGAAGGAGGCCUUUGGUUAUACCAUGACAGUUAUGGCAGGCUUAACCACAGCUCUCUCCAUGAUAGUGUACAGGUCCAUUAAGGACAAUGUGAGCAUGUGGACAGCACUUUUCACCUUUGGUUGGACCGGAACAGUAUGGGGCAUCUCCACUAUGUUUUUCCUUCAAGAGCCAAUAAUUCCACUGAAUAGAGAAAGUUGGAGCUAUCUUCUAGGUAUCUGUGUAUGUUCUACAGUGGCUUUUCUGGGUGUUUAUUACGCCUUGAGCAAAUUCCAUCCAGCUUUGGUCAGCACAGUGCAGCAUCUGGAGAUUGUGAUAGCUAUGAUCCUUCAGCUUCUUGUGUUACGCAUCUUCCCCACUGUUUACGAUAUGGUUGGAGGAGCUAUCAUCAUCAUUAGUGUCUUUUUUCUUGCAUGGUAUAAACUCUCGUGGAGGAAAAAGCAUGAUUAUCAGGAGAUACUGGAUUCUUCCAUUAAAUGAAUGCAGAAUGGUUCUAUUCUAUUUACUGCCCUGUAUAACUUAUAUACAUUUAUGUAUGUCUUUUGUAUCGUGUUGUUGAUAGCAUACUGCCAUUUCCUGUUCUAAUAUAGGAGAACUGCCUCAGUACAACUCAGUGGAGUUACACCAGAAAUGUCUGUUUUAGAAUCUAUAUGUGAGAAUUAUUUUAAAAUGUGAAAACUAUGAAAAUUAUAUUUUAUUCUUAUAUAGAAUCAUAGAAUUAUAUAGCAUACAGUAAGUGCCAAUAUAGACAAUCCUGUCCUAGAGACUAUCUCACUGCAUUCUAAUAGGCAUACUCCUGAGGAAGUUCCUAUAUCAGACUUGAUAGUGUCUGUGUGGAGUAGCCUUUUGCAGUGUUCAUGGUAGGACAGUCUAUGGAAGGAAAUAUCAGCAAGUACUUACCUUUUUAGAGCAAAGCUUUUACAGAGUUCAUAGUUGUACCUAUUUAGAGUAUCUAGUGCAUGAAUGGAUGACUCCUGCAGAUCUCAUCGGGCAAGUCUACUUGCAGUUCCUCCUUUGAUCAGACCUCUGUGGGAUGAACAGACUGAUACUUGACUUGACAAUUUGAAGAUUUACUGGAAGCCCUCUAUAAAAGAUUGUAAUUGCAGAAAGAAACUCUGCAAAUUAGAGUUCAUAUUAACUCUAAAUGAUUGUUGUUCAUGGAAAACAUAUAUCCUAUUUGUUUGUAGUACAUGUAUGUGCUUAUGAUAAUACUCAUAACCAUGCUUUAUCUCUGGUGCACAUUUCUGAUACAGACUUUUCAAGCCGCAAGGCCUUACUCUUCCAUCUCUCAGAAGUAUACUAAUCAUUGCUGACUAUAGCAAUUUAAUUCCAUGUACAUAUUUUUGCAAGAGUAAGCAGCAGAAACAGAUACAGUCACAUGUCCCUUUGAAAAAUACAUUCACCCAUAUAUCCUCAUUGACAGAUGGUUACCUGUGUUGCCAAAAGCAAAUAUUAAUUCUAUAGAAGUGCCAUUGACAGAAAUAGGGAGCAUCCAUUAAAUGAUGUGGAUCUGAUUUCUAGAAUAAAGGAUGGCUCUUUUAAAUAUUAUUUCCAUCUUAUUAUUUACUUGACAUGGCACUGAAUCUAGCUUUCUACUUACAGAAACUUUUAUUUUCCCCCCCCCCCUCCUGUAUCCUAAAAAUUAAAGCUGAGGCUUUCUCAGAUUUCCAGAGCUAACUUUUUUGGAGAUGCACAUGAGGAACUGCAAUGGUAAAAAGGUUCUGGUUCUGGUUCUGCUGCCCUGUCAGCAAAAGUCCACUGUUAGAUCCUUCCCAUGAAACUAGGCAAUGGAGUAUGAUGUAUAAA